GAGAGAGAAAAAGCAGCAAGUCUGUUCACUGAGUGCCAUCAUCUUUGUGCAUCAAUGAAGAGUCCAAACAUGGCUUUGUUCAAGCAACAGAAGGUGGAGGACGUUUAUGAAAUUGGGGAAGAGCUAGGAAGUGGCCAGUUUGCGAUCGUGAAGAAAUGUAAAGAAAGGAGCACCGGCUUGGAGUAUGCUGCUAAGUUCAUUAAAAAGCGUCAGAGUCGGGCCAGCCGUCGUGGAGUGAGGCGUGAGGAAAUCGAACGGGAGGUGACUAUUCUGCAGCAGACCCUACAUGCCAACAUCAUCAAGUUGCACGACAUCUAUGAGAACAAGACGGAUGUGGUCCUCAUCCUUGAGCUCGUGUCUGGUGGAGAACUUUUUGACUUCCUAGCACAGAAAGAGUCAUUGAGUGAAGAGGAAGCAACCAGAUUCAUCAAGCAGAUUUUGGAUGGUGUGAACUACCUUCACUCUAAGAAAAUAGCUCACUUUGAUUUAAAGCCUGAAAACAUUAUGCUUCUAGACAAAAAUAUCCCUAUUCCACACAUCAAACUCAUUGACUUUGGCCUGGCUCACAAAAUAGAAGACGGAGUUGAAUUUAAAAACAUUUUUGGAACUCCAGAAUUUGUAGCUCCAGAAAUAGUAAAUUAUGAGCCACUGGGACUAGCUGCAGAUAUGUGGAGCAUAGGAGUCAUCACCUACAUACUGCUUAGUGGUGCAUCACCUUUCCUUGGAGAAACUAAGCAAGAAACACUUGCUAACAUCACCGCUGUGAAUUAUGAAUUUGAUGAAGAAUUUUUCAGCAAUACCAGUGACCUGGCAAAAGAUUUUAUUCGGAAACUCCUGGUGAAAGAUACACGGAAACGGCUUACCAUUCAGGAAGCUCUGUCUCAUCCAUGGAUAACGACUCACCAGCUGAAAGAAGAAACAAAAGUCGAAGAAAACAAGAAGGCUGAGAACACACAGCUGAAGACAAAACGGCUGAGAGAGUAUACCAUAAAAUGCCACUCGAGUAUGCCUCCCAACAAUACCUACAUCAACUUUGAGCGCUUUGCACGGGUAGUAGAAGACAUUUCACUAAUUCAACGAAAUUUCAGCACUUUGGCUGUAUCCCAUGAUUCUUUGCAGGAGGACAUUGAUGCUCUGGUUUCCAUUUAUAAUGAGAAAGAAGCUUGGUAUAAAGAAGAGAAUGAAAGUGUGAGGCACAAGCUCUCUCAAUUGAAGUAUGAAUACCGUAAAAUUGAAUCCCUGAAGAGGCAUCUACAAGACGAUAUCAAGACUGUAGGUGCUAGUCUCAAAGGCAUAACUGGGAAAUAUGCUGAUCUGCAGAGUCAGUACGAAUCUCUCAGUCAAGAACUUUCUGAAGAUCUUAAGUGGAUACAGGAUUUAAUGAGUAGUUUUCAACUGGAAAAUGGAAAUGAAGCUUGUGUGAAUGGAAACUUUGUUUUCAGCAAAGAUAUUAAUGAAUCACUAAUGGACCUGUUAAACAGAUCUUGCUGUGAAGAAUUCCUCGCAGGGUUGAAUCUUGAUGUAGCAGAAUCAAAUCAGUAAUGUUGUAGGUUGGAUUAGAUGCAGGCUUUGCUCCCUCUCUCUAUGUACAGCAGUUAAAAAAAAAAAAAAAUCAGUUCAUAAUUUCUACACAAAAAUAUCACCUAGAACUGAAAUAGAAAUUCUAAUGUAUUGCACAGGCUGCAAAACUGUAGAUCCCUGUGCUAAAGUUUGUAGUGUUGAAGUUAUUUUCCCACGUUUGGUGUCUGAAUUUACAGGAGCUAGAUUAUCAUUGCAGUAUGGACCACAUCUAACCCUGCAGCCUUUUGCACUGCCUAUAGUUUAUGGUUCCUGAAGUGUACCAAGUAACGAAUGUGGAAAAGAGCAGUUCAGUCUGUACUUACUAAAGGCUGGGUGCCUGGAAACCAAUAAAGAAUUCGUGAUAGCAUCUUUGGUUGGAUGAAGGAAAUAGUCAUGUAGACCUGCUGUGGGCAGAACAGAAGGGAGAAAUAUUUGCAAAGGUUAAACCUGUGCUGUAGCACAAAGUAAAUGAUGUAGUAAUUUAACAUUUAGUACUGUGGAAAUUCGCUGUGAGAUGGCUGCUGAUGAAGAACAGUUAAGAUUAUUUUUUUUAGGCCUGCUAUUCAGGUUGGGAUCUUUUACUGUCAAAAGGUGUUAGCUAAAGAUUAAUCCUUCAGUUUAAAAUUCAGAUAAGUUUCCUGCCCCAUACCAAAGAGAUUCAUUUGAAAGACAGGGCUGGGAAUUUAACAAACUGAUCAAAUAACUGUGUAUGUAAUUUUGCAGUGCAAAUGUUAAUGUGAGUGAUAAUAAGCAUAGACAUCUGAAUUGCUUUCUACAGUAAAGCUGGUGUCACAAACCUACAAUUGAUUUGAGACCAGUGUUCUUGCUAUGACAUUUUUUCUUAAGUUUUAGAAAGUAAAAGAAAAGUUGGCCCAAACUUGAAUCCUGCCCUGCUGUCUUGUGUUUCAAAGAAGUCACUUGAUUAUGUAAUAUAAUGUUCACAGAUGUACUUGUCUCAUUUUUGGACACAAUAAAUUGUUCUUUAUGUAGGAUGCAA